AUGGGAACGAUAUCUAACCGAAGGGGAUUUAGGCAUUGCUACGUGAUCACCGCAUAUCAGCCAUGUUUAUUCCUAUGCAUUUACAUUCCUGUCUUACAGACCCUAAGUAUCCAAGCCUCUUCUGCAUUGCAUACUGGAGGUGGUCUAAGUCGAGGCAUUCUGCAGCAUAAUUCUCGGCAACCACCACCUCCCCUCUUGAUCCCACUGAUUGCUUCUCACCACUACCCUCAACAGUUGCAGCAAAAGUCUGUCUACCCUUCACCCCCAGCUUUUUCCGGCUCCGCUUCGAUUAGUAGCAGUGGAAGCCAAGUGGAGCCUACACAGUCCGGACACCAGGAUUCCUAUCACUCUGGGACUAGAGAUUGCAGAUCUACUUGCCAAAGACAUAUAUUUAUCCAUCCUCCUUCAUUGUCCCCGAACUCGCUUCCUGUCUCGAGUAAUUGUGAGGACAGCCUCAGUAGUUGCAUGCCAUCAGCAGCAGUUAUGCAUUCUUCGACCUUACAAGAAUCUUCUUUGACACCUUUAUCUUUGAGCUCCAGUCAUUCAAAACAGUUCCAGCAGACAAUAUCUAAUCAGGUAAAUAAUCAGGAAGGCGGUGAUGUGUUAGGAUCAGGUCUGACGAGUUCUGACAACGGCACCUCUAUUGUGACCGAGAAGCUCAGGCCUCGCAUUGAUCCUCGCCAGAUCGCGGCACCUAUCUAUGACCUUGGUAGUCGAGCUGAGGCCUUGAAUCAGGCCGCGGCUCUGAUUGCUGCCAGGCCGGCCCACUUGCCCCGUCCAGAAUACAGUCCAGUGACCCCUGCUCCAGGUUUGUUAUUCAAAACAAUUUAG